AUGUCACAGCAAUCACAUAUGAUCAGACCUUCAUGGUACCCUGCAGUGACUUACUUGGGAGAUCAGAAGCAGGAGCUAGUGCAGAAUUUCACCAUCGUCGGAUGUAUUGUGGGUUGCUUGAUCAUUUUAGGGUGCAUUUUCUAUUGCCUUCUAAAACGACGUCUCCAGAUGCAGGCAGCACAUGCAGCUUUGGCAUCACCAUCACCACGCGGGCUAGAUCGCCAGCAGAUCGAGAUGUUCGAGGUAUCUCCUUAUGUACCUGCAACAGGGAUAGCUACAGAGUUGGAGGAGUGCCCCAUCUGUCAGGAGCAGUAUGAGCCGGGCGAGCUGCGUCGUAUCUUGACCUGUGGGCACUACUAUCACAUGGAGUGCGUUGAUGUGUGGCUGUCCUCCCGCCGGACAUGCCCAGAAUGUCGUAGGGAGUACCUAUAG